UAAAAUGCUGCAAAACUAUUUUUUAUUGGCAGUUAUAGGGCUUCUUAUGUAUUCCUCUAAAGCUGCUGGUGAAUCCUGUAGGGGACUGUGUGGAUCUAAACUGGCUGGGUGCUCCUGUCAUUCGACCUGUGAGUCUUUCAAGAAUUGUUGCUUGGAUUACAACCAGUCCUGUUUUGAAGUGAGGCCCUACUCCAGCUCCAUGUUAGGAGGGACACCAUUGAAGAUCAUCAACCUGAUUCUUUUACCAAAUGACCAGCUUAGAUGCAGGUUCAAAGGUGAAAUUGCGACAAGAGGGAUUAUUGAUUCAGAGGGUCAAGCUUUCUGCAUUUCUCCUCUGUUGUAUGAAAUAGGCUGGAUUCAAGUUGACAUUUCAAUAGAUGGAAGUGAUUUUGACCGAACUGGAGAGUACCUGUCAGUCCACCCAAGCAAAGCCGACCCCUCUUCUGAAGUUGUUCUUGUUAAUGGAACAAAAUGGCACAACUAUGGCUCUCAGAACAUAUCAGGAGAGCUAGAGAUGACCUGGAACCAGUCACGCAUCGGAGCAGACACAGUGAACAUUGAGUUGUGGGGCUAUGAGGAGAUCAACACCGGGACAGCAGGCACAAAUGAGACACUCUCUUAUGAAGCUAGCAUCCACUACCUUUAUUCCAUCGGCACGAAUGUUCCCAACACCGGUUUAUUCAGCUUCUUCCCAGAGUCUUCACAGAACUAUUCAGACAUAGAGCUGGGCAACAUUCGAAUCACUGCAAACUCUGUCCUGAAUGGAGCAAGGGAUGUGCCAGCUCUGUGGAGUAGGGGCCAUGUUUUAGCCUGGCACCUGGAGGAGGCUUUCAGACAGGACUCAGCUGCAUGGGCCAAGGGUAAAUGCCUACAGUGGGACGCCCUGGAGAAGACCCUACCCAACUUUCUGAAUGAACUCACGGACUGUCCCUGUACUUUGGCCCAGGCCAGAGCAGACACAGGCAGAUUUCAUACUGACUAUAGUUGUAACAUCGAGACAGGCAGUGUUUGCACUUAUCACCCAGGUUGUGUCCACUGUGUCAGAUCAGUCCAAGCCAGUCCGACAUAUGGAGCUGGCCAGCAGUGCUGCUAUGACCACAGUGGUAAUCUUGUGCUGACAGGGGACUCAGCUGGUGGAAGUACCCCUGACAAAGCUCACGACUGGGGGGCUCCUCCUUAUGGAAAGCCCCCGCGGGUUCCAGGCUACUCCCACUGGCUCUAUGACGUCAUGAGUUUUUUCUACUGCUGCGUUUGGUCAGACAGUUGUCCCAUAUAUCUGAAGAAUAGGCCCUCUAGUGGAUGUCGACGCUACCAACCACCACAUGCAGCUGUUGUCCUUGGAGACCCACAUUUCAUUACAUUCGAUGGAUUCAACUACACUUUCAACGGUGAAGGAGAGUACAGCCUGGUUUUGUCUCCACAUAAUGAACUGCACAUUCAGGCCAGAACUGAAAAAGUGAAACUUCAAAAUGGUUCUUCAGCCUAUGCCACACAGCUCUCCUCAGUGGCCAUGAGGGAGGCCUCCUCUGAUACUGUUGAAGUUCGUCAGAUGCAGAACCAUCUACAAGUGUUGAGGAACCAGAAGAUUCUACCUCUUAAUGAACAAACAUGGAUGGUCCUGCACGGGUUGUUUGUGUUUACGCCCAGUCCUCAGUAUGUUCGGGUGAUGUUUUCCUGUGGGGUUGGUGUAGAAGUCCGUUUGAAUGAAGAAAUGAUGGCAGCGACUGUGUUGUUACCAUUGGUGUUCGCAAAUCAAACCAAAGGCCUCCUCGGUGUGAUGAACUCUGACCCCUCUGAUGACCUCAUGACCCCGUCUGGAGAAGUCCUCUCCUCAGCUUCUCUCACUCCAGAGAAUAUCUUCAAAUUUGGAGAAGACUGGAAAAUUUCACAGACAUCCUCCCUCUUCACGUAUGACUCCUCGUAUCUUCUGGAGACUUAUCACUCUCCUGCAGCUGACAGACCAGCUUUUGUCCCUGUCCUGUCCCCGCCCGAGGACCCCGGUGACCCCCUGGUGACGAGUAUGCGGACACUGUGCUCUGGAGAUGGAGCGCACUUCUGUGAAUACGAUACACUCCUCACACGCAGCCUGGCUGUGGGAAAUACAACGCUCAGGGCUUUACACCGCCACCUCGAGCUCGUUAAAGACUUGAAACCAGUGUCUUCAUGUGGCUGGCUCCCAACACCUAAAAAUGGCCGAAAGAAUGGUACUCAUUACCUGAAGGGGGACAGGCUGAGUUUCACCUGUGACCCGGGCUAUGGGCUGUAUGGAUCUACAGAGUGUAUGUGUUUGGAGGAGGGGACAUGGACAGGACAGCGGCCCAACUGCAUAUCAGAUAACCCAUUGAGUUUCAUACUUGGUGCCAUUGGAUUUUCCUCCGUGCUUAUCACUAUGGGAGUAAUGAUUCACCAACAUAUCAGGAAGCAGGAGAGAGAAAGAAAAUCUGAACUGGACCAGAUAACAGAGGCUCAAGGACAACCCUGAUACACAGCUGGAUUAAUGAAGAUGUCAUUUCACAACUUUCAUAUCUAGUUGGUGAACUUUGACUUUUGACCUUCUAUAGUUGCUAUUAGUAACAAUCUAUGUCAAAA